AUGGCAGCCAAGGCAAUCCUUGUUCUUUGCGCUCAAGCAGUCUUGAUCCAGGGUAUCUACGGACAAUGUAUUGGCAACAUCAACAACGCAAUUGCUACUGAGGAGCUCGCCCUAGCCGGCAACAGGCUCCCGUGCGGCUCCACCCCAGCAGGGCUGAGCGGCUACCCCGGCAGCUACGGCCUGGCUGCCAACUCCUUCGUGCCGUCCAGCGGCGGCGGCUUCGCAGUCACCAGCUACUCCCCCAUCGCGCCCACCGGCAUCACCGUCGUCUCGGAGAACGCUAUCGAAGGCGCGCUCACUGUCAACGGAGAGCUGCCGUUCUUGGGCGCUGUGGCUGUGGACGGCGCUCUGCCCACUGCCGGCGCGGGCGGCAUCAACUACGGCUGCGGCAGUGGCUCCGUGGCUAUCGUCAGCGAGGUCGCUCCUGCUGGACCUUUCACCCCUGCUGCUGCCGGUCCAGCUUACCCAGGAGCUGGGUACGGUUCUGCCACUGGUUUUGGGUAUGGAGCAGGUCUUGGUGGACGAGGAUAUGCAGGCCUGGGAUUCGGAUUGGGUGGAUGCGGCAGCGCUGGUGUUUACUAA